AUGCGCCGGCUCGGAUCCGACCCGAUCGCUGCGCUGCGAGAAACUGCAGCGAGCGAUCGGGUCGGAAUGACCCCCAUAGACCAGCCCAUAGCGUAGACGGCUCUCGUUUUUGCAUAUAGGCUGCGAAUUGCGGAUGAGCAUGCGAUAGCUCCGGUGGGCGUCUCUCUGCAUUCCCGGGCGGCAGCUUCACUUGUAAAACUCUUCUAUUCCCCUUCAUGCUGGAGACACCUGCGAGUCACCUGUAGAAACACAGCGCCCCCUCCCCCCGCCCUGUCUAUCGCGGACACCGCAGCAAUGGUAAAUACCGGGAGAGACUUUAACUGUAACAGCUGCCAGGAGUAAACAUGGCGGCGGCAGCUUCCCGCCAGUCCCUGAGCGCGGCUCCUGCGCAUGCACCGCCCUGUUGCUAGGAUACCGAAAGGACGCGAGCUGCUCUCACGGUGACGGCGGCAUCAUGUCUGAGAGGAGCACUGCGGGUGUGGCUGACAUCACGCGAUGUACCUGCCCACGCUCCCAGUGACACUGCAGACACUGAGGGGGGAGGCUGAGGAGUGACAGCGCCCACUGACGCGCCCAGCCCCAGCCAGGCCAGCACAGUACACUGCAGUCACCAGCCAGUAAGGCCGACCGGAACCGGAACAAGUGCCACUACUUUUUAUAGACUGGUCAAUGGAAAAGGUGGAGAAGGUGGAGAAGGCCGCGACCGCGACGGAAGAAAAUGCUUUUGAGCUUCUGGAGAAAGAUUUCCAGGAGGUGCUCAGCGAGCUGACCGGGGAUAAGAGUCUGGAGAAGUUCCGGAUAGAAUAUGAGAAGCUUCACGGGGUCCUGAAGAAAUCCUAUGAGAAUGAAAAGCGCUUGAUGGCCAAGUGCCGGGAACUGAACGCGGAGAUUGUGGCGAAUUCAGCCAAGGUGGUUACAGCCCUCAAACUGUCUCAGGAUGACCAGGCUACUAUCGCCUCACUAAAAAAGGAAAUAGAGAAGGCGUGGAAGAUGGUGGACGCGGCUUACGCUAAGGAACAGCAGUCAAAGGAAACCGUUCAGUCUCUGAAGGAAGAAAUCAAUAACCUGACCGCACUAGUGGAGCAAGGAUCAGGACUGUCCAUGGGUCAGGAGCACAGCUUAAAUGAUUUACUGAACAUCAAAGAGGAACUGUCCAAAGAGAGAGACCAGCUGCUAUCCGAGGUGGUAAAGCUGCGCGAGAGCCUGAUGCAUGUAACCAGGCAGCAGCAGGAGGCCGAGAGGCUGAAAGAGGAGGCCGAGCAGAACAUGGUGCAGCUGCAACAAGACAUCCAGGUGCGUCAGAACGAGGCUUCGCGGGAAACCCGUAAGAAGGAGAAGCUGGAGAAGGACCUGAAGGGUGUGCAGAACGAGCUGGACAACAAACAGGCUGAAAUGAAGUCUUUACAGCAGACGCUGCAUAAGAACAAGGAGGAACAGCAGAAGCUGGAACAGCAACUCAAAGAACAAAAGAUCCUGAAUGAGAGAGUGGUGAAGGAACUGGAGCAGUUCCAGGUCAGGAACAGCAAGCUUCAGCAGGAGAACGAGCAGCACAUCAUGAGCAACGAGCAGCUGAUGCAGGAGAAUCAGCAGAAGCAGCUGGAACUAAAGUCUAGGGAAGAGGAGACCCACCAGAUGCGCCAGGAGAUCUCCAAACUUUCCAAGGUCAGAGAAUCCCUGCAGAGAAAAUACAGACAGCUGGAGGAGCAGAAGACUGAGGGGGAACAGCAGAGAGAGACCCUGAAAAACCAAAUCUCUGGGCUGGAGAGAGAGCUGGAGUCAGCGAAGAAACAAUCGGAGCUGGAUAAGAAAGCGGUGGACGAGCUGGUGAGGGAGAGAGACAUACUCAACAAGAACCUCAUAAAGGCCGCUAAUGCCACCCAGAAACAGCUCAACCUGGUCAAACUCCACGACCAGUCCAAGAAGAACCUGGAGGAGGAAAUCAUCAGCUACAAGGAGGAGGCCCAGAAACAGAGGAAGAUCAUCUACCAGCUGGAGAAGGAGAGAGAUCGGUACAUUAACGAGGCCAGCGAGCUGACGCAGAAGGUUCUCCAGCACAUGGAGGAUAUAAAGGUGCGGGAGAUGCAGAUCUUCGAUUACAAGAAGAAGAUUGCAGAGGCGGAAACUAAGCUGAAGCAGCAGCAGAACCUAUAUGAGGCUGUCAGAUCUGACAGGAACUUGUACAGCAAGAACCUCAUAGAGGCUCAGGAUGAAAUAACGGAGAUGAAGAGAAAGUUGAAGAUCAUGAAUCACCAGGUUGACCAGCUGAAGGAAGAGAUCAACACCAAGGAGUCGGCUCUGCUCAAGGUGCAUCUGGACCACCAGCGACUGGAGAAGGAGAAGGAGGCGCUAAAGGCUGAGCUGCAGAAAAUGAAGCAACAGAGCAUCGAGACCAAACAGUUCAUUGAAAACCAGGAGGCAGAGGAGAGAAAGCUCCUGAAGAUUAUCUCUGAAGCCGACGCUGAGCGGCUACGACAGAAGAAAGAGCUGGAUCAGGUGAUCGGCGAGAGAGAUAUUUUAGGUACCCAGUUGGUCAGGAGAAACGACGAAUUGGCUUUGUUGUACGAGAAGAUCAAGAUCCACCAAUCCAUCCUGAAUAAAGGAGAGAGUCAGUACAAGCAAAGGGUGGACGACAUUCGUCUCCUGAAACUGGAGAUAAAGAAGCUGAGACGGGAAAAAGGCAUCUUGACCAAAACGGUUUCCAAUGUAGAAGAUCUCAGGCGGGAGGUGUACCAUACCCAGCGGGAGCUGAUGAAAGAGCGGACUCGUUGCCGGGCACUGGAGGAGGAGCUGGAGAACCCGCUGAAUGUCCACAGGUGGAGAAAGCUGGAGGCCAGUGACCCCAGUACCUACGAGCUGAUUCAGAAGAUCCACACCCUGCAGAAACGUCUGAUCAGCAAGACGGAGGAGGUGGUGGAGAAGGAGCUGUUACUGCAGGAAAAAGAGAAGCUGUAUGUGGAGCUGAAGCACAUCCUGGCGCGGCAGCCAGGCCCAGAAGCCGCCGAGCAGCUUCAACUCUAUCAGCGCACCCUACGGGAAAAGACGAAGCAGCUAAAGGCUCUCUCAUCAGAACUAAACAUGUACGAAUCCCAGAGCCAGGAAUACAAGUACGAGGUGGAGAGACUGGCCAACGAGCUGCAGAGCGUGAAGAGAAAAUACCUCACCCAGAAACGCAAGGAGCAGCAGGCGCGGGAGAAGGAGAGAAGCAUGGCGGACACAGACGCUGGUUAUAUGCAACGAGCAGAAGGACCGCGCUUCACAGGAGGCGGAUUUCCGCUCAGCCAUGUCCCAAAGAUUACAGUUUAGCCCCACCCUUCAUGUCUUCCUAUCGUAUUUAUCUGUUUAUGUUCCGAGUGCAUUUUAAUAAACGUAAUUCUUUACUGCGUAA